AUGAUAGAGAACCUGUAUAGAACAAAGAAAGGUAAGACAAGGGUCAUUAUUUUAGUAAUGAUGAUGUCUGCAAAGUAUUACAGUAUCACUCUGGAUUGCACACCAGGUAUUUUAAAUGUUGAGCUUAUGACAACUGUGAAUAUGAGAGGUCAAUGGUAUGACAGUGGGGUGACCAUGAAUGGAAAGUAUUCUGGUCUCCAGAAAAGAAUUUUAUAUUUGAACAAAAGAGCAUUUUAUGUACCAUGUAGCAGUCAGUCAUUCAUCCUUGUGGUAAAGGAUUCUGCUAUGUCUUCCCAAUAUGCUGUUUCCAUGUUUUUGACAGUGAAUAGCUUCUACGAGUUCUUCUCCUCCUCCAUUCAGUGUUGGACUACCUUGAAGAAGUAUCUUUCUAACUUGACACUAAAACUGCUGAGCAAUACUAGGUGGGAAAGCUAUAUUGAUGCACACAACUCCCCUGAAGUUUCAGGCUGGAGGAGUUUAUGUCACGUUUGUUCACAUAUCAGAAGAAUUCAAUGUGUAGUCAGUAAGACCCUCCUGCAGAGUACUGACAUAAAUAUUUCUGAGGCUGUAGAAAUACUUGAAAGUACGAAAGUAUAUUUUGAGAACAGCAAAACAGAAGAAAAGUUUGUGUCUUUCUUGACAGAUUCCAAAGAACAUACCACAGAAUUAGAGCUAGAAGAUCUAACGUUACUAUAA